AGGGAGAAGCUCUUAUGGUGGAUCCGUUGGAAUGGCUUUUGUGGGUACCAUCUGCUCACAAGUCCGGGGAGGGUCAAUCAGCACUUUGAAUCAUAACAAUGUGUUACAUCAUGCUACAGUAGUUGCACAUGAAUUGGGGCAUAAUCUCGGAAUGAAACAUGACGAUAAAAGGUGUCCUGCGUCCUAUAUUAUGCACAGUACAGAUAAUGGAUCCAGGAAUUUCAGCACCUGCAGUGCUGAUGAUUUUGAGAACCUUAUUCUAAAUGGAGGAGGAAACUGCCUUAGGAAUCCUCCCAAAACCAGUAAUAUUUACAAAGAACCUGUCUGUGGUAAUAAUGUGGUUGAUAACAAUGAAGAAUGCGACUGUGGCAAACCGCAGGAAUGUACUAACCCGUGUUGUGAUGCUGCAACCUGCAAACUCACGCCUGGAUCGCAAUGUGCUCAAGGACUGUGCUGUGAAAAUUGCAAGUUUAAAGUGGCAGGAGCGGAGUGCAGAUCGAAAAUGGAUUUCUGUGAUCUACCUGAAUACUGCAAUGGAAGCAAUGCCUACUGUCCAGAUGAUGUUUAUACCAUGAAUGGCUACCCUUGUGACAGCAUGAAGGCAUAUUGCUACUAUGGAGUAUGCCAGAGUUUUGAUUCACAAUGUGAAUCUAUAUAUGGAAAAGGGGCACGAAAAGCACCUGAUAUAUGCUUUGAAAAAGCAAAUAUUAAAGGAGAUAGGUUUGGAAACUGUGGAAUGACCGGUGGAGUGUACAAGAAAUGUCCUGUUCAGCACAGUCUGUGUGGCAAGCUCCAGUGCACAUCUGUUAGUCUCCAAAAUCUUCCCGCUUGGAGUGUUGUCAAUAAUGCAUCUGGGGUUUUGUGCUGGUCUUCUGACUUUGACUUAGGAUCAGAUGUCCCUGAUCCUGCUCAAGUUCAUGAUGGAACAGCCUGUGGAGAAAAGAAGGCCUGUGUAGAUUUUGAAUGUGUUGAUGCAAGUCAUCUGGGCUACAGCUGUGAUGUAAAGCAUAAGUGUAAUGAUAAUGGGGUGUGUAACAACAAUGGGAACUGCCACUGCAAUUCUGGAUGGGCACCUCCGUUCUGUAACCAGUCGGGCUACGGCGGCAGUGUUGACAGCGGUCCAGCUCACAUAGAUACAUCACUUCGGGAUGGUCUGCUUAUUUUUUUCUUCCUUGUGUUGCCAGUAGUAAUCAUUACUGUAUUAGCAGUAAUUAAGCGUGACGCAAUAAAAAGAAAGUUUUGCAGGAAAAGUAGAAGACAACACAGGGAUAACAAUGUGCAGCAACCAAAGCAAAAUAACAUACCAAGUCGUAACACGAGAAAUCAUCAGCCUGCCUCAUCAAGUCCUGAGUUUUUUACCAUAUCACAUUUCCCUGGUCCAAGGCAGCCAGUACAAACCCAGUUUCCUCCAGUUCCUUCAGGACCUCAGCGACCUGCAGUCCUACCUAGACCAGCUGUCUGA